CACCCACAUUUGUGAUGUGAGGAAGAUUACAGAAUUUUGCUCGCUCAGUCCUUUAAAGGUGAAAUUGAGAACAGGAAAGACUACAGCUUCCCCAGGCAUUUCUCAUCAGAAUCGAAGGCGUUUGCAGCAGCUCAGUCGGGACGGACAUGGCCUCUGUCAGCUCCUGUGUCGUGAUCAAUGAUGAGGAGCAAGGUUAUGACCUGGACCUCUUCUGUAUCCCAAAACAUUAUGCGGCUGACCUGGAGCGGGUGUAUAUUCCACAUGGACUCAUCAUGGACCGAACUGAACGUCUGGCCAGAGAUAUCAUGAAGGACAUGGGCGGGCAUCAUAUCGUGGCUCUGUGUGUGCUCAAAGGGGGUUACAAGUUUUUUGCUGACCUCUUAGAUUACAUCAAAGCCCUCAAUCGCAACAACGAUCGCUCCAUUCCCAUGACAGUGGACUUCAUCCGCCUCAAGAGUUACCAAAAUGACCAAUCUACAGGUGACAUCAAAGUGAUCGGCGGAGAUGAUCUGUCCACACUCACAGGAAAGAACGUCUUGAUUGUUGAGGACAUCAUUGAUACUGGGAAGACGAUGAAGACCCUGCUAGAACUUCUCAAGCAAUAUAAUCCAAAAAUGGUCAAAGUGGCCAGUUUGCUGGUGAAAAGGACACCAAGGAGUGUUGGCUACAGACCAGACUUUGUAGGAUUUGAGAUUCCUGACAAAUUUGUGGUUGGAUAUGCACUUGACUACAAUGAGUACUUCAGGGAUUUAAAUCACAUAUGCGUCAUCAAUGAAACAGGAAUGGAGAAGUACAAAGCAUGAGAAGCCCAGAACUUCCCCCUCUAACUGUGUAUCAUCUGUUUUAGUGGAUGUUUUUUAUUAUUGCUAUUUUAUAUCCAUUUUGUAUUUUUUCCAGUUGCACAGCUCACCGCAGGUUAGCAGGUCCUUUGCUCAGGGUCUCUGGUGAGGUGUGUGCUGUAAAUCAAUGCACCUUACAUUUACAUUAGCUUAUACCUCCACAGGCAUCCCACACACGUUAGUAACCACAAACACUUUGCAAUUCAGUCUCUGAGAACAGAGGUCUCAGGGUUAGACUGCUCUUCAUUACAGUGGGCGUUUUAAACAACCAUUUAUGUAAUGGCCAGAUUCCCUUUGAUUUAAAAUGUGAUAUAAAAUAUGUUGAAUGCUUUUACUUGUGAAUGUACUUGAACACCAGGGCGACCUGGUUUUCCAAUCAUAUUUCAAAUUUAUUGUUAUUUUAAAGCCAAAUAUCACCCUGUUUUAUUUUAUUUUUGUAAUUUGUAUUUGUUUAAUUUUCCUCUCAAGAUAUUUAUUUGUGUCCCUUACUGUAGUUUUGGUUACUAAUUAUAUUAAUGAGAUUGAAAAGAAAUGGGGGGAAAAAAAAUCUUAUGGUGCCUUAUAUGAUAAUUUGUAUGACCAGUUAUGCUACCAUAUAAAUAUGGUAUGAAAAUGAAUGAAAAAUGUUAAAGUGACCUCACCAUUGUUCAACCGCCUGUCACUCUUAAAUUUGAUUAAAUUAAAGAAUUUUAAGUGUUCUCCUUAAAAA